CCGGCGCGAGUCUACCCAGCAGAGGCUGCCUGGCUGACGGACCGAUCAGCUAGGCCACAGGCACUAUGGGGUCCGGAUGGAUUUGGGGGCAGACGGUGCGCUGGAGGCUGCCUCUCGGCGGCGCCGCGCUGCUCCUGCUGCUCCUCCCGGCGGCCGCGGGGCAGAAGUCGCCCGGAGUGGCUUGUUCCCAGAACACAAACAAGACCUGCCAAGAGUGCCUGAAAAAUGUCUCUUGUCUCUGGUGCAACACUGACAACACGUGCUUGGACUACCCAGUGUCAAAAAUCUUGCCACCCGCUUCUCUUUGUAAGCUGAGUUCUGCACGCUGGGGCGUUUGCUGGGUGAACUUUGAGGCGUUGAUUAUCACCAUGUCAGUGGUCGGGGGCCUCAUCCUCCUGGCGGUCGCCAUGUGCUGCUGCUACUGCUGCUGCAGGAACAAGAGGAGCCGGAAGCCAGACAAAAGCGAAGAGAAGGCCAUGAGGGAGCAAGAAGAGAGGAGGAUACGGCAGGAGGAAAGAAGAGCAGAGAUGAAGUCAAGGCACGAUGAAAUCCGGAAAAAAUACGGUUUGUUUAAAGAAGAAAACCCAUAUGCCAGAUUUGAAAACAACUAAACCACACUUCCUGCCGUGUCAAGCAGUCCCAAAGCCACUCCUGGGGACCGCAGUCUGCCGACCGCUGCCUCCUUCCUGCCUCCCGACCCUGAUGAAGCAUGGUGCGGCUGCCCCGACGGCAGUCCUGUGCUUGUCCUGUGAGCUUCUAUACCCUUUUCUCUUUCUGUAUUUAGUCACUCGAGAUCCUAAGCCGAUGGAGGGAAGGAGGUUGCUUUUGUUUUCACUGUUAAUUUGAGGAGGUAUUGUGCGCAUUUCACGUCCUGGUUUGUCAGCUGACUGCAGACUGACCGCAACACUAACGCCGCCCUCAUGCUGCAGCAGUGGGGGUCUCCUCCCUGCCCACCCACUAACAGGCUUCACACAGCGACCAGGGAAAGUUGUCUUCACUUGUGACGUGGGAGGAUCGACCAGUCCCCCGCCCUUUUGCCCUAGAGCCACAGGGGUGGGUGCGCCGAAGCCCGCGUUGUCGGUUCUGGUGGCUUUCUGUGUCCAGGCCCUCUGCAGUGUCAGUGGCCCCACUUCCUGACUGCAGUUGUGGUGAAAAGCUUUGAGGACUAAACUCAUUUAAAGUCUUUUUAAAAAUAAUAACCUAUCUAAAAGAUUUCACUGUCAAUGUUCAGACCACUUAUUGUAUCAUUUUUAAAUUUGUACCUUUGCUAGAACAUGAAGAUUGUUAUCCCGUGAAAACCUGAAUUGUAAAUGGGGUUUUGAAACAACCUUCCCAAGGCAGUAGAUGGGUGCUACCGCGCACCAGCAUGGACUCGGGAGUGCUGUCAACUGCCCUGCUCAUCCUUCUAAGCCCUGUGACAGCAGCUGUGGGUCUCGCGUGCAGUCACAUGCCCUGUGAGGAGCUCUCACAGGCUGAGGCUCUUCCUGCUGUUGGACCUUGUGCCAGCCCCGAGAAGGAAGGCACUGUGCCCUGGGCAGCCCCUCUGUGGGGCUCCGCAAUGGGGAGUGGGGUGUCCGGGGCCAGCUGAGGGAAUCUCCACACACUACACAGAGACACCGGUGACUUUCCUGCUUCUAAGGUGACUCUGGCUCUGAGCCACACUCCUGUGGCUCAGGCAUGUCAUGAGACUUUCCCUCAGAAGUGGCUUCUCAUAAAGUCAUUGGUGGCUCCAGGUGCCCUAUGGCACCAUAUAUGGCAGUUCCGUUUCUUUCCGAUCAAGAGACAUGGCUUCGGUAGUAGGCUGAGCGCAUGGCAGGGACAGCAGCAGACAAUGACGUGGCAGUGGGAGCAGCCUUUCUUAAAUCUGAACAUGUUCCCUGGUGCCGGAUUGCUUUGAAUUGGAAAAACAUUCAGCUUCGGGAAAGUAGGCCAACAAGCACAUAAAAGAAGCCAUGCAUUCCCUAUUCACACUCCUGCUGCUCUCUUACCAUCAAAUAAAGUUCACAUGCAGAUUGGGAUGAUCAGAACAGCGUGACAAGUCUGACCGCGGAGACCUGUGCUGGGAAUAACGUUCCCACAAAACUGGGAAACUAAUCUUGAACAAAGUCUUUAGUCUUUAUUUCUCUGACUUCUUGGGCAUUUCAGAGCAUUUUAAAGUAUUACUUAAGCAUUCCUUAGUGUUUUAAAGUGGCCUUAACAUUUUGACUUCGUGCUGUUUAUUCACGGAAGAAACUUUGUAAUCCACAUUAACAAACUGUAUUUAAUACAGUAGUUAGCAUAUACGUAAAAUCACUCAGUGUAGGUGGCUGAGCUGAAAGCAGAGCUAGGGGUUGUUAAAUAGAAUGGCUGUAGUUUUUAAUCCUAUAGCGAGACAUAGAGCCCUCACAGGGUAUCUGAAAGGCCAUCCCAGUCCACAUGCUUUUCUCUGAAAUAGUGCUACAAGCAGCUGAAAAUUACAACCUCAAGAAACCGUAACGUUUGGAGUGCCUUAAUUUUUAACCACUUUCCAGUAAAUGAUUUAAUACAUGCUUUUGCUGACUACA